UUAACCUCUGAGACAUUGGUGAUUGGUUCUUUUCCAUGCUCCCCUUUCCGGGGAUUCUUCUCUUUACCCCAUGAAUUUUCAAAAUAUCUUUUUGGGCUUUUUUUGCUUCCUUCUUUUAUUCUCUCUCUCUCUCUCUUCAUCAAUCUCAAGCCAUGUGGGUUCCAUGCUUUUGCCUCCCCAAGGAAAUGCAACACAUCAAUCUUCUGCUGCUGAGUUUUGAUCUCUGGGCCUUCCACUUUUUGAGAUGUGGUUCUGAGCUUCAGAACACACAACACAACAACACUACAACACUGCACACAGAGCAUGUUCUGCUUUAGUUUUCUGCUUCAUGUCAGCAUACCCACCACUCAUUUGCCCUUAUGCCUAUUCAGUUCAAUCUUCCAAUGCUUCUUCCUUUCUGUUCUCUCUGAUUCCACUCUGAAAAAAACCAACUUUGGCAGCUGAAAACUCAUCUGGGUCAUGUAAAGUUUGAGCCUUUUUUAGGAACUUAAAAAGAAAAAAGGAAUAAUAGAAAAUGGAAUCUGGUGGAGCUAAUAACUUCUACUCAGUUGAUGAUGAGUUCAGAUUGGAUACCAAGUGGCUUAUUGAUCCUAAGCAUCUCUAUGUUGGGCCACGGAUUGGUGAAGGGGCUCAUGCCAAAGUCUAUGAGGGAAAAUACAAAGACCAGGCUGUUGCUAUCAAAAUUCUACACAAAGGAGAGACUCCGGAAGAUAUCGCCAAGCGAGAAGGCCGGUUCGCGAGGGAGGUUGCCAUGUUGUCUAGAGUGCAGCAUAAGAACUUGGUGAAGUUUAUUGGUGCAUGCAAGGAGCCUGUGAUGGUGAUAGUCACUGAGCUCUUGUUGGGAGGAACACUGCGGAAGUAUUUGCUUAACAUGCGACCGAAAUGCUUGGACAGACAUCUUGCCAUUGGUUUUGCGCUUGAUAUUGCGCGCGCCAUGGAAUGCCUGCAUUCCCAUGGGAUUAUCCACCGUGAUCUUAAACCCGAUAACUUGCUAUUGACCGAAGACCAAAAAAUAGUCAAGCUAGCAGAUUUCGGCUUAGCAAGAGAAGAAUCAUUAACUGAGAUGAUGACUGCAGAAACAGGAACUUACCGUUGGAUGGCUCCGGAGUUGUAUAGCACUGUCACACUGAGGCAGGGUGAGAAGAAGCAUUACAAUCAUAAAGUCGAUGCAUAUAGCUUCGCAAUCGUGUUGUGGGAGCUCAUACACAACAAAGUUCCUUUUGAAGGCAUGUCAAACCUUCAGGCAGCAUAUGCUGCAGCCUUCAAGAAUGUAAGACCAAGUGCAGAGAAUCUUCCUGAGCAAUUGGCCGAAAUCCUAACUUUGUGCUGGCAAGAGGAUCCAAACGCCCGACCGAACUUCACUCAGAUAAUCCAGAUGCUCCUGAAUUAUCUUUACACCAUUGCGCCGCCAGAACCCAUGAUUCCUUCAAGAAUAUUCACUUCCGAGAACACUGUCUUGCCACCAGAGUCACCCGGUACUAGGUCCUUGAUGGCAAAACGCGAUGACACUGGGGAUACACCAAGAGCAACAGAUGAAACCAGGCUUAAUAGUUUUCUUUGCUGCUUCAGCCAGUGUUAUUAACACCUGAAAAAAAAAUCUUUAACAUAAAUAUGAGAGGGGGUGGGGGAAGUGGAGGAAUGUUAGAUAGAAUCAAGUCCAAAUAGAUCUUUUUGGUGACAGUAAAUGUUCAGAUUAUUACCUUUUGACAACA